AUGAUUAUGUCAGGCCUUAUAAUUACCGGCAUCGUCAUUGAGGCCACCGCGCUCAAGUCCUUCUGGCAGCUGGUCUUAGGCCACAUUGUCGUCUACUCGGGCAUUAGUUUAGCCUCCAACUGUGUGCCUAUGUACAUUUCCGAGACCUCCCCGGGCUGGUUCUUUCUCCCUAAGUUGCCCUGCUACCUUAUCUACUGCAGCCGUUUUGAUAAAGCUGAGGUGGUCCUCCGCUCCCUCUCCAACCACCCGGAAACGGUUCCUCAAGACAUUAAGUUUCUCAAGGCCCAGAUCGAGGAGCAACGCGAGAAUUACGCCGUCGUGACGGUCCUCUACUGCAUCCGCGGAACCAACCUCCGCCGCACCGUCAUCGCCAUGAGCGUGCAGAUCCUCCAGUAG